GCUGCGAAACCUUCAGCCCGAUAGCCGGGGAAGCGCACGAACAAGGAAGAGUGGCGAAUGUGUGGGGAAAGUUUGGAGGGAAGACAGAUCCUGGUGUUUUUGCAAAUUCCAGUUACAUGGGUGCGUGGGAUCAACCAAACUGACACGCGAGGGUAUCCUACAUGAUUGAUUACUUUGCAAGAAGACGGCUUUGCGAACAACCCGUCCAGAGAGUAACGCGUAACUUUUGACUUGGUCAUCCUGGCAGAACAACGCGUGGGAAUGAUUCACUUGAAAUAGUUCCAGCAGAGUUUUUACCCAAUUUCCGUUCUCAGUUCCGGAUUGUAAGAGACAUAAAGGAUCCAAUAUCAAUACUAUUCAAAGUCACAGUUCCUCGGAAGGCGCACCUCGAGUUUAAAGGGAGCGAAAAUGCCGGACCAAAUCUCAGUGUCGGAAUUUAUGGCUGAGACCAAUGAAGACUACAAAGCGCCCACGACGUCCAACUUCACCACUCGAAUGGCACACUGUAGGAAUACCGUGGCAGCGCUGGAGGAGUGUCUGGAUGGCGACCGCAGUGUGCUGCACAAAAUAAAGAAGUCUGUCAAGACGCUGCACAGCUCAGGGCUGGCCCAUGUGGAGAAUGAGGAGCAGUACUCCCAGGCCCUGGAGAAGUUUGGAGACAACUUCCUCUGCAGGGACGACCCUGAGCUGGGAUCAGCCUUCCUCAAGUUCGCUACCUUCACAAAAGAGCUCACUGCCCUCUUCAAAAAUCUGGUUCAAAACAUGAAUAACAUCAUCACCUUCCCUCUGGACAGCCUGCUGAAAGGUGACCUCAAAGGAGUGAAAGGGGACCUGAAAAAGCCUUUUGAUAAGGCCUGGAAGGAUUACGAAACAAAACUAGCAAAGAUCGAGAAGGAGAAGAAGGAGCAUGCGCGGCAGCACGGUAUGAUCCGCACCGAGAUCAGCGGCGGCGAGAUCGCCGAGGAGAUGGAGAAGGAGCGGCGGUACUUCCAGCUGCAGAUGUGUGAGUAUCUCCUCAAAGUGAAUGAAAUUAAAGUCAAGAAGGGGGUCGACCUGCUCCAGAACCUCAUCAAAUAUUUCCAUGCACAGUGCAACUUCUUCCAGGACGGCCUGAAAACGGUGGAAAGUCUCAAACCCCCGGUCGAGAAACUGGCCGCAGACUUGGCAGCAAUCAAACAGAGUCAGGAUGGAGAGAGGAAGCAGCUCGCUCAGCUGCGGGACAUCCUGAAGGCCUCUCUGCAGGUGGAGCCCAAGGAGGACUCCCAGGCACGGCAGAACGCCUCCUACAGCCUGCACCAGCUCCAGGGCAACAAGGAGCACGGUACCGAGCGCAGCGGCAACCUGUACAAGAAGAGUGACGGACUCAGGAAGGUGUGGCAGAAGAGGAAAUGCUCUGUGAAGAACGGGUACCUGACCAUCUCCCACGGCACGGUGAACAGACCCCCUGCUAAGCUCAAUCUGUUGACCUGCCAAGUGAAGUGCAACCCGGAGGAGAAAAAAUGCUUUGAUCUGAUAUCACAUGACAGGACCUACCACUUCCAGGCAGAGGAUGAGGCAGAAUGUCAGAUAUGGGUCUCUGUGCUACAGAACAGUAAGGAUGAAGCUCUGAAUGACGCCUUCCAGGGAGACCAGAAGGUGGGCGAGAACAACAUCGUGCAGGAGCUGACCAAGGCCAUUGUGGGGGAGGUGAAGCGGAUCCCGGGGAACGAUGUGUGCUGUGACUGCGGAGCGCCCAACCCCACCUGGCUCUCCACAAACCUGGGAAUCCUCACCUGCAUUGAAUGCUCCGGAAUCCAUCGUGAAAUGGGGGUACACUACUCCCGGAUCCAGUCCCUCACACUGGACGACCUCGGCACCUCCGAGCUCUUGCUGGCCAAGAACGUGGGGAACUCGGGCUUUAACGAGAUCAUGGAGGCGUGUCUGUCUAAGGAGGCGGAGCUGGUCAAGCCCAACCCGAGCAGCGACAUGCAGACGCGGAAGGACUUCAUCACGGCCAAGUACACGGAGCGGCGUUUCGCGGAGAAGAAGUGUCCCGACGCAGCGUCCCGGCUACGCGCCCUGCGCGACGCGGUCAAGGCCCGCGACAUCUUCGCCCUCAUCCAGGUGUACGCCGAGGGGGUGGAUCUGAUGGAGGCCAUCCCGCUGGCCAACGGGCACGAGCAGGGGGAGACAGCGCUUCACCUGGCCGUGCGGCUGGUGGACCGGACCUCCCUCCACAUCGUCGACUUCCUGACCCAAAACAGUGGAAACCUGGACAGACAGACGGCCAGAGGCAGCACGGCACUGCAUUACUGCUGCCUGACGGACAACAGCGAGUGUCUGAAACUGCUGCUGCGCGGGAAGGCCUCCAUCAGCAUCGUGAACGAGGCCGGAGAGACUCCCCUGGACAUCGCCAAACGGCUGAGACACUCUCAGUGUGAGGAGCUGCUGACCCAGGUGAUGGGGGGAAAGUUCAACGCCCGCGUGCACGUGGAGUACGAGUGGCGGCUGCAUUACGAGGACCUGGAUGAGAGCGAUGAGGACAUGGAGGAGAAGCCCAUUCCGAACCGGCGGGAGGAGCGCCCGGUGAGCUGCUUUGUGCCGGGUAGCCACCCGCUGCAGCCCAACCUGGCGUCCCUGGCGCGGGACGCUGCCAGCCUGGUGCGGGACCGGCAGAGGGGCUUCAUCCCCAGCAUGAUCAGCAACGAGACCUACGGCACCUUCCUAAACAUCAGCCCCCCGCCCCCAGCCCCGCCCCUGCCCCAGCCCAGCGGCCCCGCCCCUCAGCUGCCCCCCCGCAAAGGCCCUCCCCCUGUCCCGGCUCAUGGGGUGCAGGGCGGCUCAGGUGUGUGGAAGCCUGACUCCAUGGAGGUCGUUGGCCGGCAGAGGUCGUCCUCUGACCCCUCCAUUGUCUACCCUGCAGAGAGCAUGACCCCUACAUACGUUCUCCCUCCUGUCCCGCCCCCGCCACCCCUGCCAAAGGUGCAGCAGCUGAAGUCCAGGCCAGUGCCGCCACCACCGCCGGUUCCCGCGGUCCGACCGGUCCCGCCCCCACCCCCGCUGCCUGGCCCACCCCCGGGCAUAGCCCCCACACGCACCUCUCCCACCAGCAAAGAGAAAUCCUUCAGUAAAGGAGGCCCAGUGAAGGCCGGCCCUGCUGACAGACCAGUUAAGGAAACCCCUGCAUCCCCUCCGAGGGCUGUGGACAGGACUCCGCCCCCUCCCCCCAUGCCUCGAACCGUCUUCCCUAAGCAGAAGCCGCAGAGGGUGAAAGCCAUCUAUAACUGCGAGGCAGAUAACCCUGAUGAGCUCACAUUCUCAGAGGGAGAGGUGAUCGUGGUGGAGGGGGAAGAGGACCAGGAGUGGUGGGUUGGCCACGUGGAGGGAGAGCCAACGAGGAGGGGCGUGUUCCCCGUCACCUUUGUGCACUUCAUCACAGAAUGACCAAUAGGAAAGCUGGGCGGGGCCUGUGCUAUCCUCCGCCCCAAUGUGUGUGCGUGUGCAGGAGGGUGUGCGUGACACUGCCGGCCCUGCACACUCACUGCGUAACACUGCACACUCGCUGCGUACCUACAGACACUCCUCUGCAAGCCACCGGAGGGCUGACCCCGCACUCCAGGCUUCUGGGAACAUGUUUUUUUCCCCCUCAGAGUAUAGUUUUUAGAAAGAUCACAGACUGUAUUUUCA